AUGAUGUCUCACAGGCGGUUCUCGACAGCGCAGCGGCUGCGCGAGGGGCUAAACAGGUACUCGAGGGUCAUAACCGAGCCGCGGGCGCAGGGUGCCUCGCAGGCCAUGCUGUACGCGACUGGUUUCGGUGAUGGGGACUUUGCAAAGGCGCAGGUCGGAGUGGGGUCGUGCUGGUGGUCGGGCAACCCAUGCAACAUGCAUCUGAUGGACCUGAAUAACCGGGUAGCGGCGUCUGUGGACCGGGCGGGCUUGAAGGCGAUGCAGUUCAACACAAUCGGUGUCUCGGACGGCAUUUCUAUGGGGACUACCGGCAUGCGGUACUCGCUGCAGUCGCGCGAGAUCAUUGCAGACUCUUUUGAGACCAUGAUGAUGGGUCAGCACUACGAUGGCAACGUGGCAAUUCCCUCCUGCGACAAGAACAUGCCCGGCGUGAUAAUGGCCAUGGCGCGGCACAACCGGCCCUCCAUUAUGGUCUACGGCGGCACCAUCAUGGCGGGGUCCCCUUGCAGCGGCUCUACGCGGCUGCCAAAGAAGAUUGAUGUUGUAUCUGCGUUCCAGGCGUACGGGCAAUAUCUGUCGAAGCAGAUUACGGAGGAGGAAAGCAGGGAUGUCGUCCGUCACGCCUGUCCGGGUCCGGGCUCUUGCGGUGGCAUGUACACAGCCAACACAAUGGCCUCAGCCGCCGAGGUUCUGGGACUGACUCUGCCCAACUCGUCUGCGUUCCCGGCGAUCUCCGAACAGAAGCUGGCCGAAUGUGACGCCGUUGGGGAUGCCAUGCGCAAAGCGCUCGAGCUCAACAUCAGGCCACGCGACCUGCUCACAAGGGAAGCCUUCGAAAACGCGAUCACGUACGUGAUUGCGACUGGUGGCUCGACCAACGCAGUGCUCCACCUGGUUGCUAUUGCCCACUCUGCGGGCGUGAAACUGACGCCGGAUGACUUCCAGCGCAUUUCCAACAAAACUCCGUUGCUGGGCGACUUCAAGCCAUCCGGAAAGUACGUCAUGGCUGACCUCAUUGAGGUUGGGGGUACACAGGCCGUCAUCAAGUUUUUGUAUGAAAAUGGCUUCAUGCACGGAGAUGCCCUAACGGUGACAGGAGACACGCUCAAGGAGCGGGCUGCGAAGACUGCUCCCUUGCCCGAAGGCCAGGACAUCAUUCGUCCCGUGUCGCAGCCAUUGAAUCCUAGGGGACAUCUCCAGAUUCUCUAUGGCUCUCUUGCGCCAGGCGGCGCUGUCGGCAAGAUCACCGGGAAGGAGGGGACCUUCUUCCAGGGCCGCGCACGCGUUUUCGAUGAAGAAAACGCAUUCAUCCGCGCCCUGGAGGAGGGCCAGAUCAAGAAGGGUGAGAAAACCGUUGUGGUCAUCAGGUAUGAAGGCCCCAAGGGUGGGCCCGGCAUGCCAGAAAUGCUCAAACCGUCUUCCGCGCUGAUGGGCUACGGUCUGGGCAACGAUGUUGCCUUGCUGACCGACGGCCGCUUCUCCGGCGGCUCCCACGGGUUUUUGAUCGGCCACAUUGUCCCUGAGGCCUAUGAAGGCGGCCCAAUUGCGCUCGUGCAAGACGGUGACGACAUUGUCAUCGACGCCGAGAACAAUGCCAUCAACCUCCUUGUGCCAAAAGAAGAAAUUGAGUCGCGCCGCGCUCGCUGGACCCAGCCGGCUCCACGCUACAAGAGGGGCACGCUCGCCACCUAUUCUAAGUUAGUCUCCAACGCCUCCAAGGGUUGUGUCUUGGACAGCGACGACUAG